AUGCCAAGUCGCCUUUCCCAGUCAACGCGUCGACUCGCGCCAAAUUCCUACUCCCGCAACUCGCGCAUCUCAGCAACGUCGAGUCAGAAUGGACUCCAGUCUUUGACCCACAGAGCGAGCACAAGUUUGCAGGAGGACGUAGAGGAAGAUGAAGAUGAGGAGGCAGAAGAUGAUGAUGCGCAAGGGGGAGCUGAAGAUGAGGACGACGCAAGCGAUGGAGAAGCAUCGCUGCGUAUGCAGAAGCGCAGGCGAAUGAACGAGGGCAGCGGCGCCAAAAGCGUUGCAGACAAAUUGGGAAGAAAGGAGAUCAAUCGCAGAGCUCAGGACUUGAUUCGCAUGGCUCUCUUUCACGAAUAUAAGCGGACACCUCUGAGGAGGGACGAUAUAAAUAAGAAAGUGCUUGGCAAGGAGAACUCUCGCGCGUUCCCAGUGGUCUACAACAAAGCACAAAGAUUGCUCAGAGCUACCUUUGGGUACGAGCUUGUGGAGCUGAGAGCCAGAGGCACCGAGAGUCAGGCACAUCUCGAUCUCCUCAGGAUGCAGACUCAGAGCCUCAAAGAGGCGAGCAAGAAGCGAAGUAAGCACAUUGAAGAAGAGGAAGAGACCGCCAAGAACAUACCCUCGGGCUCGUAUGUGCUGCGCUCAAUCUUGCCGCCAACGCUAUUGAAUGCGCUCCAAACUCCCGACGCUGGGCUUGCCGCUGCGACGGCCAGCACCGACGCGGUGCAACAUGGCGAUCCGACGGGAGUAGCCAUCGACUGGAAGCGCGCAGAGGGUCAACAAGCACCGAUGGGCUUGCUGUACCUCAUUUUGAGUCUGAUUCUGCUCGGCGGUCGAGCUUUGUCCGAUGGCGACUUUCGUGCUCAGCUACAUCGCUUGUCGCUUGAACCAAGCACUAUCUUGCCAAAUGCGCUGUGUCCAGAGCAUGCGGAGCAAAGUGCAAGCUCGAGGUGCUCGCAAAGGACGUCAGAUCGGCCAACACUCUCUGUGUUCCUCGAUCAGCUCGUGAGACAGGGAUAUUUGGAGCGUGUAAAGUCUGCCGCUGCUCCCCCUGGUACUGCUGCAGGCACAGGUACAUCCAGCAAGGGGCGCAGGGCCAUCGCUUCCAAACGCAAAGAUGGAGAGGGACGCCCAGGCGAAGUGGACAAUUUUGAGUGGAGAUGGGGAGCUAGAGCUGAGGUGGAAGUUGGAGAACCCAACAUCGCAGCUUUCGUAAAGGAGGUCUAUCUCACAUCCGAGGAUGCCGACGACUCGGAGGACGCGGAGCCGUCAGCGGCCACCAGAGGCAGUGGCCGUAGAUCUGGAGCGAACGCUGCCGAGUCUAGAACUACCCAGCGCAGCAAUAGAGACACACAGAAGGAGGCACUGCUGCUGAGGGAUAUCGAAAGGGCAGCUGGCUCGCAGCUUGUUGAUUGA